CUCCGUUGCGGGCGUGCCACCUCUUGACGCCGCUCGCACGUUGUAUGGCUGCCUUUGAGCCAGGAUUGAGCGUCAAGCGGGUCGGUGACGCGUCCACGUCGCACACGUCCGGCAGCAGCGAGCCAAUCUCAACUUUGCCGGCACUCUCAGCGGCUGAGUCGACAUGCAGGCACCUGACUUUGCGCACCUCAAGCGGGGUGAAGUCAAUCUGGGCACAUCCAUCAUGGCCGUCGCUUUCGAAGGAGGUGUCGUCAUUGGCGCCGAUUCGCGCACUACGACGGGCUCCUACAUCGCCAAUCGCGUGACAGACAAGCUGACGCACAUCCACGAUCGCAUCUAUUGCUGUCGCUCUGGCUCGGCUGCAGACACCCAGGCAGUAGCGGAUAUCGUCCACUACCAUCUCCAGAUGCAUACCAUGCAGCAUGGCAAUCAACCUCCCUCUGUCCAUACCGCCGCUACACUCUUCCAGUCGCUCUGCUACGGCAACAAGGAUCAGUUGAGUGCUGGCAUCAUCGUCGCUGGCUGGGACAAGAUCGACGGCGCCUCAGUCUACAACAUCCCUCUCGGAGGCGGCCUCUUCAAAGCUCCAUGGGCGAUAGGCGGGAGUGGCUCGACAUACAUCUACGGCUUCUGCGACUCGAAUUAUCGGCCAGGUUGGUCGAAGCAACAGACGGUCGAUUUUGUCAGAAACGCGCUCGCAUUGGCCAUGUCAAGGGAUGGUUCCUCAGGAGGCACGAUCAGAAUGGCCAUCAUCGAAGAAUCUGGCGUCGAGCGUCUGUUUGUGCCUGGCAAUGAGCUACCACUGUUCGGCCCAGCGUUAUGGGCGAACGAGCAGGCAGGAAAGAGCAUGGAGAUUGCGGCAUAG